AUGAAAAAUGCUAAGCAGUUAGAAAAAGAGGAGAACCGAAACAUCAAAAAAAUUUUUGAAAUUAGGGAAAGAAAUCGUCCUCUCACUUCCCUUCUGAAAAACAAAACAGGAUAUCAAAAAUUGGAGGAUUAUCCCCAAGAAGUAGAUUAUUAUCUCGCAGAGAGUGCGGAAAAAAAGAAUAAGUUAGAAAAGGAGAAGAAAGAAAUUGAAAAAGAAUUACCCAAUGCUUCGGGGACAGAAUUAGUCAAAAAGUUGCAGAGAAAUAAUGAUUUAGAAACAAGAAUUAAGGAACUAACUAAAGAGCAGCAACGAAAUAUUAUUCCAAAUCAAAUCUUCCCUCGCGACCAAAUUGUUCUACUUCGUCUCCAUUCCUUGACGGAAGAAGAUCGUAACAAAGGCUUAAAAUUGUUAAAAAAAUACUCCCCUAUUUACUACACAGUUUACCGGAAAAAGGGUGAAAAAGAAGAAGUUAUUUACGUGGUAAAUUGUCAUUUGAAUUUAAUGGUUUAUCGAUUAAAAAAAAUAAGUAAAAUAAUUGAAAGCAUUAAGGAUACGGAAAAUUUUAAGCAGGCUUUUACCCAUACUUCUUACCUUAAUGAAUUAAAACUAAGGAGAAGUUCUGACUCAGAGCCAAGUUCAGAAAAUAAUGAGAAGCCUAUUUUCUCUUACGAAACUUUGGAAUUUUUAGGGGACAGCGUAUUAAAUUUUCAUACUAGCCUUUUUAUUUACCACAAGUUCCCUAAUUAUGCCGAAGGGCAAAUGAGUAAAUUGAAACAGUUAAUGGUACAAGAGGACACACUGGCUUGCUUAAGUAAGGAAAUUGGCUUAGGGGAAUUUCUUCAAUUAGGAAUGGGGGAGAGAAAAAACCAUGGGGCCGAGAAAGAAAGCAUAUUAGCUGAUAUAUUCGAAUCCUUUGUGGCAGCCUUGUAUUUAGAAAAAGGUAGCAAAAUGGUUCACCGCUUUCUUAGUCUAACUGUCUUUACUUGGAUUGAAGGUAAAGAAAAUAUGAUUUGGGAUUAUAAAAGCCAAUUACAAGAAUAUUGUCAAGCACAUAAGGGCCGAGUUAAUUACCGACUAAAAGGAAAAAAAAUAAUAAGAGAAGGACACCAACAGUUAUUCAUUGUGGAAGUAGAAGUAAAUGACGGACCAAGGACUUUUUGGGAAAGUGGAGAAGGUCGUAGCAAAAGUAAAGCCGAGCAGCAGGCCGCUGCUAAAGCGAUUAAAAAACUAGGCAUUGAAGAGGAAAAGAAUUAA